CCCAGAGCCGCCCAGUUAGGGGUGUGGUACCAUGGGUUGCCCAUUUCUGUUGCCUGGUAGCCUUGGCGGCAAUUGUUCACUACGAACUGCGCCACGAGAGAAUUCCGAGUUAUCAAGCAUGGGAAGCAGUACGGCAUCAUUGCUGGCGACUUGAGAUGGCGACAUUGAACAGAAAGCUACGCGUGCUUCUCAUCGGCAAAGGCGGACGAGAACACGCAUUAGCCUGGAAACUCAGACAGUCUCCUCGCGUCGAGCACGUAUUCGUCGUUCCCGGUAAUGCCGGCACUGCACGGGAUCUCAUGAAUGUCUCAAGCAUCAAUCACCCCGCUACCGACAACUAUGACUUGCUCGUCAAAACGGCCCAGGACCUUCGCAUUGGUCUCGUCGUUGUCGGACCCGACUCAGCAAUUGUGGGUGGCAUUGCAGAAUACUUUUGGCAAGCACAGAUACCAUGCUUCGCACCUAGCAAAGCGGCCGCCGAGAUAGAAGGAUCCAAAUCUUUCGCAAAGGACUUUAUGCUCAGACACGGCAUUCCAACAGCGGAGUACAAGACCUUUACUGAUUUCCACGCAGCAAGAGCCUACGUCGAGUCUAUCGAGCAUAGGUUUGUGAUUAAAGCAGACGGUCUCGCUGCAGGCAAAGGUGUCAUCAUUCCCAGCACUAAAGGCGAAGCAAUCCGGGCCCUCACGGAUAUCAUGGUCAACCAGCACUUCGGCACAGCUGGCAGCACCGUGGUCAUAGAGGAGUUCCUGGAAGGCCAAGAGGUCAGCGUGUCGACACUAUCCGACGGCACCACCACCGUCACUCUCCCUGUUGGGCAGGACCACAAGCGCAUUCAUGUUGGCGACAAGGGGCCCAACACUGGCGGGAUGGGUGUGUACGCGCCUGUGCCGGCAGCCACACCUGAGCUUCUGCAGAGGAUCAAAACCGAGAUUCUCCGUCCCACCUUCGAGGGGCUACGUAGAGAAGACCGCGAAUUCGUCGGCCUGCUGUUCACGGGUAUCAUGCUAACACCGACUGGACCGAAAGUGCUCGAGUACAACGCCCGCUUCGGCGAUCCGGAGACACAAUCCUUAAUGCCCCUUCUCGGUCCGGAAGUUGACCUUGCAGAAGUCAUGCUUGCGUGCAUCGAGCGGAGAUUGCAUGAGGUCGAGAUCACAGUGCGGACCGGAUACGCGUGUAAUGUCGUCGUCGCUGCCGAAGGAUACCCCGGACAGUAUCGUACUGGCGAUGUUGUGCAGUUCAGUUCAGUCCCGACAGGUUGGUGGUCACGCCUCCAGCCGAAUUACCAACAGCUUAAGAUGACCAACACUUUUGGCGACAAACUGUUUGAUCUUCCAUGCCGGUACGAAACUUGUGGGUGACGAGGUCGUCACAUCGGGCGGUCGCGUGUUUACGGUUGUCGGACUGGGCGAAACAUUGCUGGAAGCAGCGGCCAAAGCAUAUGAA